UUGAGAAAACUAGUGCAGAGUGGUCCAACCAGAGGUGAAACGCGGAACAGACAACACUCGACAGCAUCAUUGCCAGAUUGUUUUGGUCAGGUUUUUAAGGCUGUGCUUUUUACUGGUAAUUUACUUUUUGUCUGAUCUGCGCAACACCAUGACAACACGUUUCAAAAGUGGACCGGCUUUUGGAUUGUCUGCUGAGGUCAAAAAUAAGCUGGCCCAGAAGUAUGAUCACCAGAAGGAAGAAGAGCUGAGGCUGUGGAUCCAUGAGGUGACGGGGCACCACCUUCCCAAGAACUUCAUGGAUGGUUUGAAGGAUGGAGUGGUCCUGUGCGAGCUUAUUAACAUCUUGCAACCAGGCUCUGUGAGAAAGAUCAACAGCCCCACUCAGAAUUGGAACCAGCUGGAAAACAUUGGUCACUUUACUCGUGCAACCGCAGAGUAUGGGCUCCGACCACAUGAUCUCUUUGAAGCCAAUGACCUGUUUGAGAACACUAACCAUACUCAAGUCCAGAGCACACUAAUUACACUGGCUGGCAUGGCCAAGUCUAAAGGCUUCAACACAAAAUACGACUUCGGGGUGAAGUAUUCAGAGAAACAGCAGCGGCACUUUGCACCGGAGAAACUGAUGGAGGGACGGAAUGUUAUUGGACUGCAGAUGGGCACCAACAAAUUUGCUAGCCAGAAAGGCAUGACCGCUUAUGGCACAAAGCGCCACCUGUACGAUCCUAAAACUGGCAUGGACCACCCGAUGGACCAGUCUACCAUCAGCCUCCAGAUGGGCACCAACAAAGGAGCCAACCAGUCUGGUAUGACCGCACCAGGAACCCCAAGACAGAUUCUUGACAAGAAGCUAGAUGUGGAGAUUUGUGACACCUCCACCGUGUCACUGCAAAUGGGCUCCAACAAAGGAGCAUCCCAGACCGGUAUGACUGUCUAUGGGCUUCCACGCCAGGUCUAUGACGGCAAGUACUGCAACAACCCAGAGGACUACGUCAACAAUGGACAGGACAUUGACGGCUCUCAGUAUUCUGACUAAGAGAGAUGCGUUGCUGUAACCCAUAACCCCCUAUGUGCCUUGCCUCAACUAGUGAGGCCAGAAGAACGUUUUACUUGUCCACGUAUAACCAGGAUGAAUUUGGAUUCUGUUUCUUUCCCUCCAAAAUCCAAGGCGAAAAGCAGGACCUGCUCUUCAGAAGGUUAUGUCCCAAUUUCCUCUUAUCAGUGUGUCAGUAUUAUAAACUAUUCCCAGCUUAAUUGGUCUUAAUUCAGUAUCCUGAAAAGAUAUUUACUAUAAAUUAUGAGUGUUUUUCUAGAGUAUUUAUCCUUUUAUUUAAUAAAAUAACAUGAUAAAAUGCACUUUCCUUUUUUAAAGUUACUUUUAUAUAUGAUUUUGGUUGCCACCACCUACCCCAGUCCCUCCAAGAUUUUGGGAUCUUGCAAAUUCAAGGAUUUCUCCCAAUUGCGGGUUAUAAUUUCCUUAUUACUGCAAUAUUUCCGCAAAACAAUUGUCAACGAUUUGAUUUAACUCCUGUCAUUUUAACUGCACUUUUGGAUGCAACAACCACAACAAACCCUUGUAAGAUCCUAGAGGGUCUGUCUAUAGCUACUGAAAACAAAUUAGAGAGGAGAAAUACAAAUCUGCACAGGAUUCUGCUCUAUAAUGUGACCAUGAUCAUAUCCUCAAAUUCUGGAGCACUUUGCAGGUGGGUUUUAAGUGCUUACAUCUCCAUUUGCAAAACUAUACCACAUUAACAUGUGUUUAAUCUGAAAUGUUAUUUGAACAAAAAGCAAUGGUCAUCAUGGAUGGACUUGCAUGCAAAUAAAUUCAGAAAUUAUAUGUGACACAUCAUGCAAACGAAAUGUCUUGUUUCAUGCGUGACACCAUGUCUGAGAUUAGAAAUAGAUACAUUACAAGGCUAAACAACUUUUAGAACACUAGGCAUAGCCUCCGAGAUGAGAAACAUUGUGUUAUUACAUAGUCAUUUCCUGUGAAUUGGUAUCAGUUACCACUGGUAGGCAUGAAGUGAACGUCUCUCAUCCUGAGGUUUAAAUCUCUUUUGAACCCUGUGAACUGGCCAUCUGAGCAUGAACAUUGUGAGCAAAUUAUUUACCUGAGCAGGACUCACCCAAUUUUUUUAUUAAGAGGAAUGUUAGACUGUCUGCCACCUAGUGUUUAGCUAUGGAAGUGCAUCAUUUCCAUCAGUGUGUAUGUGCAUAAUGAAACUCAUGCCCUUGAUUCUUUAAGAAUGUGAGUACAGACAUUAUGAACAAAAAACAUAAAAAAGUAAGUCAGUUGCAAGUACUUUGAUGUUCAGCCACCCAGAGCUAACUUUCCUGGCCUCUUGCCUAUGCACUGAACAAGUCGAGCUCUCAAGGAUUGAACAAUUGAAGGCUAUUGUACCACAACAGAUGAUUUACUUAAGCGCCAUAGAUAUGGUCCAAACCUGCAACUGAUCCACUGAUUCAUUUGAAGACUGCAAGACAUAUUUGCUAAGUUUAACUUCUGUUAUCUUUUAAUUUUUUUCAAACAGACUGUUGUAGAUGUGUUGAAUAACCCCCUGACCAACCACCACCCCAACAAAUUCAAUAAAAACAAGCCUGCCACUCCCACCA